GCCAUGAGCACCAGGCAGGAGGCCAGAAGAGAGGGGGGAGACUCCAGCAGGAGGGGACAGGAGGCAGAGCUCUGGGACCGAGCCCACCUGAGCCAGCAGCGCCGGCUCAAACAGGCCACCCAGUUCCUGCACAAGGACUCCGCUGACCUGCUGCCCCUGGACAGCCUCAAGAGGCUGGGCACCUCCAAGGACUUGCAGCCACACAGCGUGAUCCAGAGACGCCUGGUAGAGGGAAGCCAGAGUCGGAGCCAGGGGGAGUCUCCCUUGGUGCAGGUCCUGAUUCAUGGCCAGGAGAACAGGAGGAAGACCAGCACGCCAGAGAUUCCAGCGCUUCUGGUCAGCUGCAAGUGCCGGGGCCAGGUGCUCAGGGUGGCUGUGGACACAGGCACCCACUACAACCAGAUCUCCACCGGAUGCCUCGCCCGCCUGGGGUUAGGGAAGAGGGUCCCAAAAGCCUCAGGUGGGGACCUGGCACCUGGACCCCCAAGCCAGGUGGAGCAGCUGGAGCUACAGCUAGGCCAGGAGACGGUGGCAUGCUCGGCCCAGGUGGUGGAUGUCGAGAGUCCUGAAUUCUGUCUGGGGCUGCAGACUCUGCUUUCUCUCAAGUGCUGUAUCGACCUGGAACACCGCAUGCUUCGGCUGCAAGCCCCCUUCCCAGAGCUGCCCUUCCUGCCUUUGCACCAAGAGCCUGGCCAGUGA